UUUGAGCUCUUAUCUCGAACUUAACCUGCUUCGGAGCACGUUCGCUGUUCAGCAUAAAGUUCCCAUGGUGAUUUUCCCCAGAAACCCCAGGGUUAAGUUACCUCGACAGCCGCAAAUCCUGCUUCGUACAGCAGUACAGGCCUCAGGUUGGGUCACUGAGCUGCUUUCAAUUCAGUCUUCCUCCUCCUGCAGCAUGUCUGACAAGAGCGAGCUGAAGGCCGAGCUGGAGAGGAAGAAACAACGGAUCGCCCAGAUAAGAGAGGAGAAGAAGAGAAAAGAAGAGGAGAAGAAAAAGAAGGAUGGAGACUCAAAGCGUGGAGUGGAGGCGGGCGGCGGUUCCUCUGUGGGCCAUGAAGACUCUGACCUGGAGAGGAAGAGGAGGGAGGCGGAGGCGCUGCUGCAGAGUGUUGGCAUCACCCCUGACAUACCCCAUGCUCAGCCCCUGAGGGUAGUAACAGAAGAUACGUGUCUGUUUCACUACCUAGUCCCUGCCCCCAUGUCUCCCUCCAACAAAUCAGUGGGGAGCGAUGCAGGAAGCCAAGAUUCUGGGGAUGGAAAUGCAGGACCAAGGACAUUGCAUUGGGAUCCUGACCCCUCUACUCUGCAACUCCACUCCGACUCUGAGCUGAUGGGACGUGGAGCUGUGAAGCUGGGCAUGUCCAAACUGACCCAGGUGGACUUUGUCCCUAAGGAAAUGGUGUCUUACUCAAAAGAAACACAGACACCCACCGAGACACUGACACACUCUGAUCGAAAAGCAGAUGAGGAAGAGGAUGAGGAGAUAACUGCUCCCCCACCAGUGGACGAUUCCCAGGAAGAGAAAGAUGAACAGGGUGAACAGCAGGAAGAGGAAACUCCCAAGGAGCUGACAGAAGAGGAAAAGCUGCAGGUCUUGCACUCUGAUGAGUUCUUGUCGUUUUUUGAGCGCGGCAGCAGAAUUGUUGAGAGAGCUCUGGCUGAGCAGGACGUCUGCUUCGACUACAGCGGCAAAGAUCUAGAGGAUAAGGAAGGUGACUUGCAGGCAGGUGCAAAGUUGGUUCUGAACAGACAGUUUGCAGAUGAGCGCUGGACUAAAAACCGAGUGGUCACCUGCCUUGACUGGUCCCCUCAGUACCCAGAACUGCUUGUGGCCUCAUACAACAACAAUGAGGAUGCUCCUCAUGAGCCCGAUGGAGUGGCACUGGUCUGGAACAUGAAGUACAAGAAGGACACACCCGAGUAUAUCUUCCACUGCCAGUCAGAGGUGAUGUCAGCCGGGUUUGCAAAGUUUCACCCCAACCUGGUUGUGGGCGGGACGUACUCCGGUCAGAUUGUCCUGUGGGACAACAGGAGCAACAAGCGCACCCCUGUUCAGAGAACCCCCCUGUCUGCAGCUGCUCAUACACACCCAAUCUACUGUGUGAGCGUGGUGGGAACCCAGAACGCUAACAACCUGAUCAGCAUUUCCACUGACGGUAAAAUGUGCUCCUGGAGCCUUGACAUGCUCUCGCAGCCGCAGGACAGUCUGGAGCUGGUGUUCAAACAGAGCAAGGCGGUGGCCGUCACCUCCAUGGCCUUCCCUCUGGGAGAUGUGAACAACUUUGUGGUCGGGAGUGAGGAUGGUUCGGUCUAUACCGCCUGUCGACACGGGAGUAAGGCGGGUAUCACUGAGGUGUUUGAAGGCCACCACGGUCCGGUGACUGGACUGAGCUGUCACAGCGCUGGUGGACCCGUUGACUUCUCUCAUCUCUUCAUCUCAUCCUCUUUUGACUGGACCGUCAAACUGUGGAGCACGAAGAGUACCCGUCCACUGUACUCAUUCGAGGACAGUUGUGACUACGUCUAUGAUGCAAUGUGGUCUCCGACACACCCUGCUCUGUUUGCCUGCGUGGACCUCGCAGGACGUCUGGACCUGUGGAACCUUAACAAUGAUACCGAAGUUCCAACGGCCAGUGUGUGUGUGGAGGGUUCUCCAGCACUGAACCGUGUGAGAUGGGCUCACACUGGAAAAGAGAUUGCGACUGGGGACUCAGAGGGACAGGUCCAGGUCUACGACGUAGGGGAGCAAAUCUGCGUGCCGAAGGCUGAUGAGUGGACGCGCUUCGUCAGGACGCUGGCCGAGAUCAACGAGAACCGAGACGAAGCCGAGGAACUGGCCAACGCCUGAUGCUACGAACCCUCCGCACACUGACAACCGCUCAUAUAUUUCUCUCCUUUACAUUAUUCACUCACCUAGAGCAAACUACAUGUCACCGCCAGAGGAGCCGCUCUCUCCUCUCUGGCUUUCAGCUUCCCCCACCUAUCACACUUGAACUGGCCUGAGGAGACGGCAGAGCUAGAAUGGAUAGAAGAGACAGUUUUCGAUGUGUUUUUUUAAAUGUGUGCAUUCGUAGAAAAAAAUGAUUGUCACAUGUAGCAGCAGUAGUGGUGCAGAAGUGAGGUGCUUGAAAGUUUAACAGAGGAAUACAGGGAAGUUUUUCAGGAUAGACGAGACCGUAAACUCUCUAAACUUCUAACUUUGAUAUCAUCCUCAGGGCUCCAGAAACUGCUCCUCUCCUGAGGCCUAAACCAACUCAGCCCUUUUUUUUAAAUAUGCAAACCUUUGUACUCGCACCUUUUUAUUACCAUUUAAGUGUUUUUACAUGAUUUAAUAUUUUCUGGACACACUCGUGUACACGGCUUGGCUAAAGAGUUUCAGGGGGGUGAAAGACAGAACAGCUGACAUGUCAGUAUCAUUUCCUCCUUAUCCUCAGCAGCACUUGAAUUUGAUGACUAAAACCGAUAAUGUGCUCAAACACACACUCUCUUGGCCUGUGCUGAAGUGUGUCAUUCUUGCAUUUAGACCACUACAAUAUUUAAUAUUUAUUCAGAUGGUGGCACUUAUUUAAAUAUUUUGUGUAUCGUUUCAAAAAUGCUGCUUUGUACUAAAAGCUUGAGUCGUACAUUCCUAAAAUUAGCACAAGCUUUUUACCAGUUCAAGUCUGUUACUAUACUUGCCUUGAAUUAAUUGACACUAGUACAGUGAAACAGUGAUGUUUUUUUCUGUACCAAAGGUUAUUGUUUUAUACUAUGUACCUGUCGAAGUAGAACAAAAUGGUUUCCUGACUUGUCCUCUUCAGAGGAUCUAAAUAAACUAAAUGAAGCUCUAAAGGAAGUUGUAACGCCGAUGCUGGAAACGCAAUCUUUACUCAACUUUCUUUCUCCCUGCAAUGUUUUAUGUCCUAAUCAUGCAGCAGUCCAACCUCAUCAGGCUGAUGAAAAAAAAAGAUCAGCUUCAAUGUUUAAAGAGUUUAAAAUGCACUGUAGCCUCCAUGUUUCAUAAAACAUGACAAAAAUGUCAGUAUUCUGCAGAGAACAUUUGUACCGUAUUCUCCUCUUGUUACCGAUCCGGUUUUCCAUUGGAAUAAAACUCAAGACUUGCUGGUAAAAUUAAA